CACGGUCUUGCCACCAGCUCGAUUCGCGCGCGAAUGGCCACCACCGCCGAUUGGACGCGCGUCAACCCAACCACGGCACCGCCGUUCUCCGUGUUCAACAAGCCCCUCCAACAGUCCGCUCAAGAUGACCGCGACUAUCGAUUAAUCCGCCUCGAGAACGGCCUGGAAGCCAUUCUUGUUCAUGAUUACAAGGCGGAUAAAGCUGCCGCGAGCUUAGAUGUUGCUGUUGGCCACUUGCAUGACCCCGAUGAUAUGCCUGGGUUGGCCCACUUUUGCGAGCAUCUUCUGUUCAUGGGAACCGAACAAUUCCCAAAGGAAAAUGAGUACUCAGAGUACCUUUCCAAAAACAACGGCAGCUCCAACGCAUACACAGCAACGUCCAACACAAACUACCAUUUCAACGUUGCUACCACCGCCCUCUCUGGGGCUUUGGAGCGUUUCUCAGGCUUCUUCCAUUCGCCACUCUUCGCACCAUCGUGUACCUCGCGCGAGCUCAAUGCGGUGGAUUCUGAACACAAGAAAAACCAUCAGCAGGACAUGUGGCGGAUAUUCCAACUGAGCAAGCAUCUUAGUGUCGAAGGACAUGAAUGGCGCAAGUUUGGCAGCGGAAAUCGCGAGUCACUGUCAGAGGCCGCUAAACGACUUAAAGCGAGGGGGCGACUGGAGUCCCAGACUGCCAAUGGCCAUCUUGCUGCAUCGCCCAUUCCCUCCCGCUUGGCGUCCCCUGCACCAUCUGUUUCAUCUGUAGAGAGUGAGUCUGAGGCGGACGGAGGUGCAAUUGGUCGCGAAACUCGCCGGAGAUUGAUCGAAUGGUGGUCAAAUGAGUACUGCGCGAGCAGGAUGCGAUUAUGUGUCAUCGGAACAGAGUCUCUGGAUGAACUCGCGGAAAUGGCCUCAAGAUUGUUUUCACCAAUUGUUAACCGAGGCGCGGACCCGUUGCCAAUGGUCACCUCGUCGCCAAUUGGGCCCGACCAGAAAGGUACAUUUGUAGCGGUUCAAACUAUCAUGGCCUUCCGCUCGAUGGAGCUAUCUUUCCCUGCUGAGUGGCAACCCCCAUUUUGGCGCCAUAAACCGCUAUCAUACAUCUCCCACUUUGUGGGACAUGAGGGUCCUGGAUCGAUUCAUUCGUACCUGAAAAACAAAGGUUACAUUACUGCCCUGGGUUGCUCUCCACAGAACCUUGCUCGUGGUCUCGCUGCUUUCAAAAUCACCUUAACGCUCACGGUAGACGGACUACAGAAUCAUCGCGAGGUUGCGCUUGCUGUCUUCAAAUACUUGUCCCUCCUUCGAAACUCCACUCUCGAACCGUUCCACCAGAAGGAGCAAGUCCAGCUCUCUGAAAUCAAAUUCCGGUUCAAGGAGAAGAGUCGCCCGGAUAGUUAUGCGACGUGGGUUGCCGAAUCCAUGACACGUCCUGUUCCUCCGGAGCUUACGCUCUCUUCUUCUUCCUUGGUCUGGGACUGGGGAGAAGACGGGUUCGGUGAAUCCAAAGUUCGUGAAUAUUUGGCGGAGCUCAAGCCCGAAAAUGUACGAAUCACGUUGAUGGCCAAGGCCGACGAGCACCUCAAGCUUGCUCCCAAUGCAGUUUGGGAGAAGGAACCGUGGUAUGGUACCGAAUACUUUGUCAACAAACUGGAUUCGGAAUUCUUGCAAAAAGCACAAGAGCCUAAUGAUAUUCCUGAAUUCCAUCUCCCUGGCCCCAAUCUAUUCAUUCCGACCAAUGUUGAAGUCGACAAACGUGAAGUGACCGAGGCACGCAUCCCACCCGCGAAACGUGCCUAUCAUAUCAGGGAGACUCCCUUGUCCAGUCUGUGGCACAAGAAGGACGACAAAUUCUGGGUUCCGAAAGCCUUUGCAAUCAUGGAUUUACGAAGCCCUUAUGACAACUCAACAGCUCGGGCAUCUGUUCUAACGAGGCUAUAUGCGGAUAUCAUCAACGAUUCCCUGACGGAAUACUCCUAUGACGCAUCGCUAGCAAUGCUUGAAUAUCGCUUCAUCGCCCAUUCCGGUGGACUAUAUGUUGCCAUUAAUGGUUACAACGACAAGAUGUCUGUGCUCGUCCAACAAGUCCUGGAGAAGAUCAAGAACAUAGUUGUGGAUCCUAGUCGACUCGAGAUCAUGAAAGAACAGGUCAAGCGUGAACUGGAAAAUUUCUGGCUCGGACAAUCCUAUACUCUAUCUGAUCAUUUCGCGCGGUAUGCUACCUCCGAAAUCCAGUGGAGCACCGAAGAGAUGCUUCAAGAAUUGCCAACUACAACCGCAGAAGAACUUCAGAAGCAUAUUCGACUCCUGCUCUCCGAAGUCCAUAUGCGCAUUGUUGUUUCUGGAAAUGUCUAUAAGGAUGAAGCGAUUCGCAUUGCGGAAACGAUGGAGCACGGUCUCAGCCCGUCAAGUCGAACGCCAACGGAGCUGAACGAGCACGCAUUGAUUCUACCUCGAGGAACAAACCAUACGUGGACAUGCGUUAUUCCAAACCCGAAUCAGGCCAACUCUGCCCUCACGUACUUUGUCCACCUUGGAUCCGUUGUUGACCAACACCUUCGGGUAACCUCGUCUUUGCUGGUCCAACUGCUGCAAGAACCAGCGUUCAAUGUGCUGCGGACGAAAGAGCAGCUGGGAUACAUCGUGUCGUGUUCAGGCUGGGUUCUCCCUGGGUCCGUAGAGAAAGGAAUUCGGUUUGUUGUCCAAAGCGAGAAGAUGCCAGGCUAUCUUGAGGACCGCGUUGAGGCUUUCUUGGAUGCCAUGAAGACAACCAUCGAGCAAAUGAGUCCGGAGACGUUCGCGGAACACAAGGAGAGCGUGAGGAAGCGGUGGACGGAGAGCGAGAAGAACAUCACCGAGGAAGUCACCCGGUUGGCCUCGCAUGUUAUGAGCGGUCACUAUGACUUCUUGAGAAAUGAGAAGGAUGCCGAAUAUAUUGCCAAUGUCAGCAAAGACGAUGUGUUGAGGCUAUUCCUCUCCGACGUUCACCCAGCUUCGAAGACUCGUGCCAAGUUGUCGAUACACAUGAGGUCUCAGAAGAAGCGGCAACCCAGGAUCAGUCCUGCUGCCGCGGACGCAUUCACUGCCCUUGUGCGAGAAAAGGCAUUGGUUGGGGUCUCCGAUGCUGUUCUAGAAGACGCCCCCCGCGGCGACGAGCCUCAUGAGCCCACCGACUUUGGGAAAUACUGGCUGGGGGUAUUGGGAACAAGCCCAGAUGGCCAGGAAUUGUUGAAAACAGUUCCUGGACUUAUCGCUAAAUUCCCUGUUCCUGGUGAGGGAGAAGACCCACCUCGACCGGGCGUCACAUAUCUUACCGACCUCGGGGCAUUCAGGAAGACUCUGACUGCUUCUGUUGACCCGGGCCCGUUGGUAGACUGGCCAGAUUUGCCUAUUUCCAAGUUCUAG